AAAAAUGGAGAAUAAAUUGGGCGAAUGGAGUUUCAACAAUGGCGAUUUGAAGGAGAAAUCUUUGUUUUCAAUUCGAUCAGUACUUGAAACAAUUAUGGAAAAUCUCAAAGAAGACGAUGAAAGAGUACUGAUUCAUCUGGGUCGUGGUGACCCAUCUUCAAUCCCCUGUUUUCGAACUUCUCCGGUAGCAGAAGAUGCCAUUUUUGGUGCUGUUAGAUCUGCCAAGUUCAAUGGUUAUGCUCCUGCUGUUGGAAUUCAUUCAGCAAGGAGGUCGAUCGCGGAUUAUCUCUCUCAUGAUCUUCCUCACCACGUAUCACCGGAUGAUGUUUUCCUCACACCUGGUGCUAAUCAAGCAAUUGAAGUUGUCAUGUCAGUCCUUGCUCGCCCCGGUGCCAACAUAUUGUUCCCUAAACCAGGGUAUCCAUUUUAUGAUGCUCGUGCUGCAUGUAGUAAUCUUGAGGUCCGCCAUUUUGACCUUCUCCCAGAAAAGGGCUGGGAGGUUGAUCUUAAAAGCGUAGAAACCCUCGUUGAUGAUCACACCAUUGCCAUAGUCAUCAUUAAUCCUGGAAAUCCUUGUGGAAAUGUUUUUACGUCUGAACACUUGCAAGAGAUUGCGGAGACAGCAAAAAAUCUAGGAAUUCUUGUGAUUGCAGAUGAAGUCUAUAGCCACCUAUGUUUUGGUAGCAAGCCUUUUGUACCAAUGGGAGUAUUUGGAUCAAUAACUCCGAUUUUAACUCUCGGGUCAAUAUCAAAAAGAUGGAUUGUUCCUGGUUGGCGGCUUGGUUGGAUAGCAAUGGUUGAUCCUAGUGGUGUCCUUAAGAAGUCCGGGAUUGCUGAAUGCCUUCAAAAUUAUCUUGAAUACAGUGCUAAUCCUGCAACUAUCGUUCAGGGAGCAGUACCUCACAUCCUCGAGAAAACGACCAAGGAAUUCUUUUCAAACAUCAACAAUGUACUGAAGGAAGCGGUCGAUGCAUUUUAUACCAAAGUUCAGGAGAUACCUUGCUUUAUCAUCCCAUACAAACCAGAAGGAGCUAUGUCCAUGAUGAUUAAAUUGAACCUGUCAUUGCUGGAAGGCAUAAAUGAUGAUAUGGAUUUCUGCGCUAAGUUAGCUCAUGAAGAAUCAGUUAUCAUUCUGCCAGGAGUGAUUGUGGGACUAAAGAAUUGGUUGAGGUUAACUUUUGCCAUGGAGCCAGCUAUUCUUGAAGAAGGACUUGACAGGAUGAAAGCUUUCUACUUGAGGCAUUCAAAAGUCAUAGGUUUAUAA